GUUUAUAUUGGGAUACUAAUUUAAACAAAUUUCUAAGGACUAAAUUCUUCGUAACACAAUGUAAGAAUAACAAAAUCUCUUAUAUAUCUAAAAAUGGAUAAAUAAUGCGAAUGUAAUCGUUUAUUUCAAAUUAAAAUUAGUGACCAAAUCAGAGAUCAAUACCUUUAAUAUAAAAUCCUUACUAAUAUAGAACAUAUAAAAUUCCUUAAAUGGAUAGGUUAAUAUGGAAAUAAUUAAUAAAAAAUUGGAAGGUGGAGAGCUUUUUGGCAAGGUGAAGCUUUAAUUGGUAUUGGAGGAACAUACUUAGAUGAUGGAAAAAAAAUAGGGACAAUGGCAUGAACUAUACUAAAAUUACUCCAAGUAUUCAUAAUUUUAAUUUAAAAAGGAAAUUUUAAGUGUGUGAAUUUGGAGAAUAUUUAAAUGAUUAAAGAAUCAAAUAAUGGAAAUACAGCCUUGGGAAUGAAGAAAUGUAAAUUAUAAGUAGUAUAUUAGUGGGGGUGGAUUAUAUGAUGAUUAAGGAAAGCAAGGAUAAUGGAUUGAAUUGGCCAAUAAUUUUUAAGUGUAAAUAUGAAAAAAAUUUAUAAACUA